AUGGCAAGUACUCUACAGGUACUGCACAUCCGAGGAGUUCGUCACCAUGAACCACAAAUAUCCAUAAAAAAAUGUAGGAAUAGCAAUGGCAUCGAAAUGUCCGGAAUAUUGCAGCUACGGAACAGCGUAGAUCGUACAUUUCAUAGUUAUCAUUACUCAGAUUCCGACCACCAACGUCCGUCUCAACUCACAGAGGUCAUUGGCAGCCAGCCUCCAAAGGUUGGUGACAGUCUCGCUGGCAUUUGCUACCAUCCAUCACUCAAAGUGCGUUCAUUGAACGAAAACUUAGCAAUUCUUCUUCAAUUUGGCAUGAAGGAUUCUUGGGCACCCGAUGGGAAGGGUGGUAUGUACAGGCCCCCCUUCACCCGUGAGGGCAAAAUAGGCGAUGGUGAUAAAUUCUGCUUGCGCCACGGGAGAGACGUCUGUGCACGAUUCUUGCUAUCAUUUCUAGUUUGGCAGAAGCCGUCCCAAGCAAAAGACGAGGAAGGAUAA